AUAAGAGAGGGGUAACUAAGGCGAGGUAAAAAUAGACUACAGUGUAGCACACCUCCGUGCCCUGUAAGCUGAAAGCUAUUGUGUGUGUCGGAUAGACAACUAAUUUGUCCAAGACGGCUGGGGUAUGACAGAGUGUAAGACUGAACUGGUAGGGCUGGUGCUGCUCUCUCUGGCCUUGUUGAUCUCUGUGUGUGUUAAUGUCUUCUUCUGCAUUAGGCUGAGAGCCACACUGUGCAAAGACACAGAGACGUGCUGCUACCGACACAUUUACCAAGGAGAAAGGCUGUCACAGGAUGAAGGGCAAUAUUUUAAUUACAUUAAUGAUCAUGAGCAGCAGGAAAAUUCCCUCAAUCAUCAUGAGCAGCAGGAAAAUUCCCUCAAUCAUCAUGAGCAGCAGGAAAAUUCCCUCAAUCAUCAUGAGCAGCAGGAAAAUCCAAUCUAUGGCAACAUCAGAACUGAGAGACAAGGGUCUGUUGGGGGCUGCUAUGAGAUGAUGACCAUGCAGCACACAAGAGAUCGUAUGAAGACUUUAGAGGCUGACCUGAAUUAUGCUUCACUGGAUCUGAAGUUGGCAAAGAAACACAAGAAGAGGCAUCGCCAUAAGCAUCAGGGACGAAACAGCCUUCAAGAUCAGCUGACAGUCCACCCUGUGAAUGCUUUCAUGGUGGUCGAGGCAGACUUGGACGCUCACCUUCCGUCCAGAGACACCAGCACCAUGGUGUCCCACAGUAGCAUCUACCUGAACAGUCAACAGAUAGUACAGGAGGCAGAGGAGAUGGAGAGAGAAUGGGGGAUGAAUGUGGAGAGGGAGAAAGAAAGUUGGGAGGGAAUAAGAGGAGAGGACGAUCACAUGAAUAAAGUGAGGAAAGGAAGGGAAGAAAGUGAGGAAAGAAUGGAGUUUAGUAUUGGGAAUGUAUGUGCACUUACUUCAAAGGCUGAGGAAAGUUGCACAAAUCAUUUUAUUGGUAGCUUUAGUCAUGAUGAUGUCCAACAAGAUUAGCCUGAGCUGAACAGGCCGCCUCAAAAAGCCAACAAACACUUUUUCUACAUUUGUGUCUUUAAAGAUGCAGCUUUAAUAUUUAAUGAGCUCUGCACAGUUGAGCAAUUUCCUUUUUCAUGCAAACAAACAACCUCUUGAUGUCUACACAUUGAGCAACAGAGGAACAAACAUGCACCUUUUCUCUUCAGAUGAUGCAAUAAAGGUAGAGGAUUAAAAGAGAAAGGAAACUGUGUGUGCGUGACAUUUAGAGGUCAAGGGCUGUAUAUGGAAAUGUUUGAAUUAUUAUGAAAGCUGUGGAAAAACUUAAAAUCAUCACAGGACACGGAAGAUCAUUUACAGACAAAAGAAAAGAUGUCUCAUACCGAAGGUGUGAGGAAAAUAAAUCCUACAAUUUUUUUCCAUGCUGUAGGGGAUUCCUGAGCCAAAAGAGGUGAUUCUUUCUUACUGUAAAUAAAUGGACACUUAAACAUCUGAUUUUCAUUCCAUAUGGUUCACAUGGAAGAAAUUAAAGGUAAGAAGUGAAAAAGGGGAAAGCUAUGAGUGGGACAUAUUAUAUAUUUUCCUCUUGUGGGUUUAUUGUACAAACAUCACCCACAGUGGAUUUCUUCCUUGUCAUAGUAAUGAUCAAUUGAUUCACUUUCUAAUCUAUCGCACUAAUGAUCUAGCAUGCUAACAGUUUAAACGAUGAUUUGCUUCUCUGUGAUCCCGAAACAGAAUGAGAAGUCACAGCCCACUGAGGUAACUGAGCUUAGAAGUGAACUCGCAGUCACAGACAUGCCACACACUCACCAUUUUUUUUGACAGUUUUUCAAUAGCUGUCCAUGGCCUACUUCCUGUAUGGAUUUAUCUCUGGCCUCAAGCGCUCUGAAUCAAACUGUCACACACAGGAUGGAAACGACACAAAAGAACACACAGAUAUAACACAACUCUCUCAGAAACUAUCAAAAUAUUACUCAAAGCAUGGAAAAUAAAAUGUCUUUGCACAGUUUUUCGCUUUAGGUUAUUUAGGUGACAUCAUGAUAAAAAUUUAUUUUUUCUCCAAAAACGCAAAUUACAUUUUCAAGCAUAUUGCAACGGCAGAUGAGAUACUGGAAAGGGCAAAAGCAAAAUAUUUUAUUCUACCAUUUACAGUUUUGUAUGUUGAAGUUUCCUCCUGUCAUUCACAGCCCUCUGUCUGUGCAAAAAGUAUUUAAUAGUGUAUCAUAAAGCAGUAUGAGACUUCAGAUGUCUGGGUUAAUCAAAUAAAGGAAAUGCUUCUGUCUUUUA